AAAACCAAUCAAAAAAAGGAGUUAUAUAGUACAAGUCCCUCAAAUAAUCUCAUUUUUAACGACAACAAACAUCACAACACGUGGAUUAUGUAAGAAACGCGGUUAAGCUCUCUCUUGCUAGUUCUUUCCCCAUGAGAUUAAAUUCUUCAAAAAUUCCGUGCCUACUGAUUUCAAUUUUCUCUUACACGGUGAAAUCCUCUGUUAUGGAUCAUUAAUAAGGGUUUAGGAUUCACUUCAUUGACAUAUGGAUGCUUCAGGAUUAGGGGGUCAGUUUUUAUCAAGUCCAGUAGGUGGAUUAUUAGACCUCGAGUCACCGAUUCUUCGACACCAGCCAACCCAGAUGGGUCGUCCCUCGUUAGCCCAUCAACGUCACAUGAAUUUGAUCGGCGGCCUAGAUAAUAAUGAUCAUCAACCUAUUGGGCUACUGGAAGUGAAAGAUUCUGUCCCGAAAGGAUAUUCCACAAGUUUUAGUAAUGGGAAAGCGGUUAACCACUUUAGUACUGCAAAUGAUAGUAAUCUGAGUGAAGAUGAUGAACCAGAAGAUGGAAAUGGUGAGAAUUCUAGUGGGGCUAAGGGUAUGAAGGGAUCGCCGUGGCAGCGGAUGAAAUGGACGGAUAAUGUGGUUAGGCUUCUUAUAGUAGUGGUCGCUUGUGUGGGUGAUGAUGGUGCAUUGGAGGGUGUCGAGGGACUUAAAAGGAAAUCUGGAAUUUUGCAGAAGAAGGGUAAGUGGAAAACAGUAUCAAAGAUAAUGAUCAGUAAGGGUUGUCAUGUUUCACCGCAACAAUGUGAGGAUAAGUUUAAUGAUUUGAAUAAGAGGUACAAGAGGUUGAAUGAUAUUCUUGGAAGGGGAACUAGUUGCAGAGUAGUGGAGAACCCGGCUCUUAUGGACUCGAUGGUCCAGCUUUCUGCUAAGGCAAAAGAUGAUGUUAGGAAGAUAUUGAGCUCAAAGCAUUUGUUUUAUAAGGAAAUGUGUGCUUACCAUAACGGGCAAAGGAUACCCAAUUGCCAAGAUAUUGAUAUACAAGGCUGUUUGUUGCCUCUUGAAAGGUGCUCAAGAGAUAAUCAUGGCUCAGAGGAGGAGGAAGCUGAGGGACACGAUGAGAGUGAUGAGGAUGAAUCAGAUAAUGAAGAUGAUGAUGAUGAGGCUAAUGAGGAUGGUGAAAGGAAUAAAGUAAAUGAAGAGAAUGGCCAUGUUUGGUCUCGAUCAGGUGGACUUUCCAGCUUUGAGGCUGAAAUGGCUGAGAUUUUUCAAAAUCCUGCAGUAUCAUUGUCGGAGAAAAGGGAGUGGAUAAAGAAACAAAAUUUGCAGCUCCUGGAGCAAAGAGUUAGCAUCCAGGCUCAAGCUUUUGAGCUCGACAAGCAACGGUUCAAGUGGUUAAGAUACUGCAGCAAGAAAGAUAAAGAAUUCGAGAGAUUGAGGCUGGAAAACGAGAGAAUCAGACUAGAGAAUGAGCAAAGUGUAUUGCAACUGAAGCAGAAGCAACUGGAAAUGGAUUUUCGGAGCUCAGAAUCAUCUCGCAAUCCCAAUUCCCUUGACAUCAACAGAUUGCAAGGAAGAGAUCAAACUGAUUCGGAAUCUUAGCGAGCACGAAUACACCUUGGAGACCGUCCGUGUUUAUCUAGAGGUCGGUGUAUUAUUAUUCUUUCGGCAUAAUAUUGUUGUUUAAUUUUGGGAGAUAUUGAUUACUUGGAAGUUGUAACUUUAUUCAGCACAUGUUUUUAGGGGUGUGGAUUUAGUUCAAACCGAAUUAGAAUUUUCCUUUUUCUCAAAACCGGAACGAAUCAAAAUUUCAAGGAAUUAAUAAUUUUCAAAUUGAACCGAACUAGUCGGUUCAAUUGAUUUUUGUUUUUUUUGGUUUGGAUCAGUUUGCACUAAAACUUAACUGAACUUGUUUAUGUACAAAACCGAGCCAAAUCAAAUACUAAUUUUUGAUAAUAUCAAACUAAACCGAACCAAAUUUGUCAAUUUGGUUUGGUUUGGUUUUCGCACAUCCCUACAUGUUUUAUUUGGUUUGGUUUGGUUUUCGCACAUCCCUACAUGUUUUCGUCAACUAAGUAGACAUAUGCCUUGGAGCAGCAUCCCAUAGAAGAACAAAUUAUGUGCAUUUAAAUUGGUUAUUUAUCAUUUAUUCUUACAA